AGGCUGACAAAUAGACGUCACACCACGACAAUCGUAAAAGUCUCUAGACCCCAAUUCUAGUUCUUCUUUUCAGUCCCUAGAUUCUUUCGUGGCGUUUCGUUCGUUGACAUUAAUUGAUUGAUUGCUUACCUGAUUUGUUUCACUUACUCAGUCCCUAAUAAUUCCACCGAAAGCGCCGACUGCUUGUUCCUGUCUUAUUCCUUAGCGGUAGCUCGCCUCAGAAGUCGAGUUAGAGCCAGAAUCAGAGAUCUCACCACCACAAGUGGCGUCAUUCAAUGUCGAGCGAUCCAAACGAUCAACAGCAGGCGGCUGCGCCCGCUGCCCCUGCGUCGUCGGUAGGAGGCUCUGCUGAGCCGCCUAAGAGGAUCCCCAAGGGAGUGGUACUAGGCCCUGACGGCAAGCCAUGCCGGAAUUGUACGUCUUUUGCUGCAUGGGCUUCCCAGACAAAGAGUACUCUCAAACAGGAUGCUGCAAAGGUCAAGGGUCCUCCAGCCGACUGCCCUCCAGAUGUUGAGGUGCUAGGCCGUAGUACAUGGACAUUGCUUCACUCUAUUGCCGCUCAGUAUCCGGAACAGCCGUCAAGCGGCCAAAAAUCAGACCUUCUCAGCUUUGUCGGUCUAUUCUCUAAGCUAUAUCCUUGCUGGGUCUGCGCAGAAGAUUUCCAGGGUUAUCUAAAACGAGAAGCGCCACAGGUCAACAGUCGUGAUGAGUUCGGCAAGUGGCUGUGCGGCGCACACAACGACGUCAACCGCAAAUUGGGCAAGCCUGAGUUCGACUGUUCCAAGUGGGAGGAGCGGUGGCGGACAGGCUGGAAGGAUGGAAGAUGCGAUUAAGCUGUCUCUGAGCUGAGGUUGAGGCUGGC